AUGACCCGGGAGGAGCUGAACUCUCUCCUCGUAAUGACGUUGGAGCGCAUCAACAAACUUUUCGAAAGUCUAGAUGCCAGCGAUGCCGAAGCAAAACAACGAUUCGUUCAGUCCUUGAAGACACACAAUGCGGUCUUCAACCAGCUAGUCCGGGACUCCGUGGAGCGUGAACUGUCACAUGAGCGCGCUAAACAGGAACUUGAACGAUUUGAAUGG